CUUUUAUUUUGAAAACUAACUGUUUUGGCGGACAUAUACAAAUACGUUUCCACAAUUUCUAACUUCCUAUGACUGUAUCGUUGUUGUUAUUUACCCUAGUGCUCUAUCAACAAACGUGCUGGUGGAUUUGGAGUCAUGAGUGAAUUCAGGAUUCAUCAUGAUGUUAAUGAGCUGCUCGGCCUCUUGAAUGUUCGAGGAGAAGAUGGUGCCGAGGUUUACAUCGAUUUACUGCAGAAGAACAGGACACCAUAUGUCACCACUACAGUAUCUGCACACAGUGCAAAGGUUAAAAUCGCAGAGCACUCCAAAACACCUGAAGACUUCUUGAGGAAAUAUGAUGAAUUGAAGUCAAAGAAUGCACGUAACCUAGAUCCAUUAGUGUAUCUCCUCUCCAAACUCACAGAGGAUAAAGAGACUUUGAAGUUCUUGCAGCAAAAUGCCAAGGAGAGAUCAGAGAUUUCUGCCAAUGCCUCAUCAAGCACCACCAUGUCUUACAGUAUUCCUGCAACCAGCAGCAAGAUGUCCAUGCAUGAACUGGAGGAGUUACGUAAAAAGCUGGGCAAUGUCACAGCCAGCUCCAAUGUGCCUCAGUCUUCUGAGGUCAUCCGUAAAAUGCUGAGAGACAGACAUAACAAGAAGAACCCCACUCAACCAAACCCUGUGUUUCCAAACUGGGUGUACGACCGUCCUGCACUGAUUGGAGAUUUCAUCACUAGUCCCACCCCUGUUGGAGAUCCCGUCGUGGCUAUUGGUACGAUGCCACUGGCUGCACAGGAGCAAGCUCUGGUUGAAGACCUGCUGUAUGUGCUGAUUGGUGUGGAUGGGAGAGACAUCACUGCUCAGCCUGUGCUGGGUAGACAGAGCCGCUCCUUCAUAGUAGAUCCUUCCCUGGACAUGUCCAUCAAAGAGCUCGUCAACCGGAUAUUACCUGUCGCGUCUUGUUACUCCACUAUCACACGCUUCACUGAAGAGAAGUCAUCGUUUGAGUAUGGUCAAGUAAAUCACGCCCUGACUGCAGCCAUGAGGACUCUGAUGAAGGAAUAUCUCAUCCUGGUAACACAGCUGGAGCAUCUUCACAGACAGGGCACGCUCUCCCUGCAGAAGCUCUGGUUCUACAUACAGCCCACCAUGCGCACCAUGGAAAUCUUGGCCUCCAUCGCCACCUCUGUUGAUAAAGGUGAGUGUAUGGGUGGGUCAACAUUGAGUCUGCUUCAUGAUCGUACGUUCAAUUACACCGGAGACAGCCAGGCUCAAGAGCUCUGCCUCUAUCUAACCAAAGCAGCAAGCGUCCCGUACUUUGAAAUACUUGAGAAGUGGAUCUAUAGGGGCAUCAUUAAAGAUCCCUACAGUGAAUUCAUGGUUGAGGAACAUGAGCUGCAAAAAGAGAAGAUUCAGGAGGAUUAUAAUGAUAAAUACUGGGAUCAGAGAUACACUAUCAUCCAGCACAGGAUUCCUGCCUUUCUUCAGAAGAUGGCAGAUAAGAUAUUAAACACAGGGAAAUAUCUGAAUGUAGUGCGAGAGUGCGGCCGUGAUGUCACCUGUCCAGAAGCCAAAGAAGUUCUUUACACUCUUAAAGAGAGAGCGUAUGUGGAGCAGAUUGAGAAAGCAUAUUAUUACGCCAGUAAAGUUUUGCUCGACUUCCUGAUGGAGGAGAAGGAGCUUGUUUCACGCCUGAGGUCGAUCAAGCAUUACUUCUUAAUGGAUAAAGGAGACUUCUUUGUGCAUUUUAUGGAUCUGACGGAGGAGGAGUUGAAGAAGCCAGUUGAUGACAUCAUCCCUCCACGGUUGGAGGCCCUGCUGGAGCUGGCUCUGAGGAUGAGCACUGCCAACACAGAUCCCUUCAAAGAUGAUUUAAAGAUUGACCUGAUGCCCCAUGAUGUCAUCACCCAGCUGUUGCGUGUUCUCGCCAUAGAUACCAAGCAAGAGAAAGCCAUAAUUAAUGCAGAGCCCACAGAGGUGUCACUCAGUGGCUUAGAGGCUUUCUCCUUUGACUACAUCGUCAAGUGGCCCCUUUCACUUAUAAUUAACCGGAAAGCCCUUACAAGAUACCAGAUGCUGUUUAGGCACAUGUUUUACUGCAAGCAUGUGGAGAGGCUGCUGUGUAAUGUGUGGAUCAGCAAUAAAGCAGCUAAACAAUAUUCACUACACUCUGCUAAAUGGUUUGCUGCAGCGUUCGCAUUAAGACAGCGAAUGCUGAACUUCGUUCAGAACAUCCAGUACUACAUGAUGUUUGAGGUUAUGGAGCCCACAUGGCACAUCAUGGAGAACAACCUCAAGUCUGCGUCCAACAUUGAUGAUGUGCUGUGUCAUCACACCAGUUUUCUGGAUAACUGUCUGAAGGACUGUAUGCUCACCAACCCUGAGCUGCUCAGGAUCUUCUCCAAACUCAUGUCUGUCUGUGUCAUGUUCACCAACUGCAUGCAGCGGUUCACUCAGAGCAUGAGGAUAGACAGUGAGAUGAAACGUCUAACUCUCGAGCACGGCACCAUGAAGGGUUCUCUAGCCCCGAGCGAACGAACUGAAGAUGUAGAGAAAAAAAGACUGGCCUCUAAAUUUCUGGCUGAGCACAUAGAUGCCCUGCAGUCUGACUCAGGGUUUGAGGGGACCAUCAGUAAGUUUGACAGUAACUUUAGCACCUUAUUGCUGGAUCUUUUGGAUAAGGUCAGCAUUUAUAGCACCAACGACUGCGAACACAGCAUGAUCAACAUCAUCUACAGGCUGGACUUUAAUGGGUUCUACACAGAGAGACUGGAGCGAAUGGCCAUUGAGAGGAGCCAGAAGUCUGCUGCAUAGCAUUAUCAAGCAUAAAGAAUAUCAAGGACAUCAGCAAUAAAGAAAUGGUGUUUUUGAAGUGUACAGUGUGGUUGCCUUUUCCUAUGAUAUACUGUUAUGUGCUGCUGUAACAUAAAGCCUAUAAGGAUUUAUCGCUUCGUAACUAAAUAAAACCUUGUCUUGUUUGAACAGUU